AUGAAAAAAAUUGAUUUAUUUCAACCUUUUCAUUUAGUUACUUUGAGGCCUUGACCUAUUGUUACUUCUUUUAGGGUAAUAAUUAUAUUAGUUGGGUUUAUAAAUUUUUUUAAUAAUUUCAGUUCUUUAUUAAUAAUUUUUGGUAUGUUAUCUUUAUUUAUAUGUUUAUUUCAAUGGUGACGUGAUGUAAUUCGAGAAAGAACUUAUCAAGGUUUUCAUACUAAUAAAGUUUUAGAGGGAGUAAAAUUAGGAAUAAUUUUGUUUAUUAUUUCAGAGUUAUUUUUUUUUAUUAGAAUUUUUUGAUGUUAUUUUCAUAUAUUUUUAUCUCCAAGAGUUGAAAUUGGUUCAUUAUGACCUCCUAAAAAUAUUGUUAUUUUUAAUCCUUACUUAAUUCCUAUAUUAAAUACAGUAAUUUUAUUAUCUUCUGGAGUUUCGUUAACUAUAGGUCAUUAUUCUUUAUUAAAUCGAAUAAAAUUUAAGUCUUUAAUUAGAAUAUUUAUUACAAUUUUUUUAGGAAUUAUUUUUACUUUAUUUCAAUAUAUUGAAUAUCAGGAAGCAAUAUUUACAAUUACUGAUUCAGUUUACGGUUCAAUUUUUUUUAUAGCAACUGGUUUUCAUGGUCUUCAUGUAAUUAUUGGAACUAUUUUUUUAAUUAUUAAUUUUUUUCGAAUUAUAUAUAAUAAUUAUUCAAGUGUUCAUCAUUUUGGUUUUGAGGCUGCUGCUUGAUAUUGACAUUUUGUGGAUGUAGUUUGAUUAUUUCUUUAUUUAUUAGUA